CUCGGCAUGGGCAUCAUCAUGGCCUUGGACCAUGAACGACACUUGGCCACGGACAUCCGCUCUGUAGCUUUCCCAAUCCUUCAAAACAAACAUCCUGCGCUUCUGUGUCCUUGAUAUUCUUUCAUUACACUCAAUUGUAUCUCAACAUCUAUCAACCGUUUGCGCGAUCACGCCUAAAGCCCCCCGCGUCAGGCAUCCACGAUACCUCACUGAUCCCUGUACUCUGACGUCUUUGCCCUUCUCGAUAGCCAUGGCGACUGCAAUUGCUCGCGCCCGGGUGGCAGUGAAGCUCCCCGGACAGCUUCGCGCCUUCAGCUCUACCUCCAAGGUGGCUUCCGCUACUGGGGGUGUAAAGAGGCUGGGUGUCAUCGGCGCCGGCCAGAUGGGACUCGGCAUCGCUCUCGUGGCGGCCCAGAGAGCGCAAAUCCCCGUAACGCUGGUCGACGCCAACAAGGCGGCCCUUGACAAGGGUUUGGCAUUCGCCGAGAAGCUCCUCGCAAAAGACGUGUCCAAGUCGAGAAUUUCUCAGGAACAGGCCGACCAGGCCCGUUCGCUCCUAUCGCCGGCCACGUCUAUCGAUCAGCUGUCGGACGUGGACUUUGUGAUUGAGGCCGUGCCCGAGAUCCCCAACCUCAAGUUCGAGAUAUUUGCCAGGCUCGCCGAGGUUUGCCCCAAGCAUGCCAUCCUGGCUACCAACACAUCAUCCAUCUCUAUCACACGGAUCGCGGCAUCAACGACCAAGGACCCAACAGACACCUCAGCCAGUUCCCGGGUCGUCUCAACGCACUUCAUGAACCCGGUCCCCGUCCAGAAGGGCGUGGAGAUCAUCAGCGGUCUGCAGACCAGCCAGGAGACGCUCGACAAGGCCGUUGCUUUCUGCAAGGCCAUGGGAAAGAUCACCUCCGUCUCGGCGGACUCUCCCGGGUUCCUCGCCAACCGCAUCCUCAUGCCCUACAUCAACGAGGCCAUCAUCUGCCUGGAGACCGGCAUCGGCGACAAGGAGUCCAUCGACUCCAUUAUGAAGAACGGCACCAACGUGCCGAUGGGCCCGCUGCAGCUUGCCGACUUUAUCGGCCUGGACACGUGUCUCGCCAUCAUGAAGGUUCUUUACGAAGAGACUGGCGACUCCAAGUACCGGCCCAGUGUGCUGCUGCGCAAAAUGGUCGAUGCCGGCUGGCUGGGGAAGAAGAACGGGAAGGGUUUCUACGACUACUGAGGCAAGACCUCAAGGUGGAUGAAUGAAAAUGUAGUUUUCAAGUGUGGUACUAGGGAUGGGG